CGGGCGGGGGGCGGCGGCAGAUCCCGUAAGUCGGGCGGCCUGGUAGUCGCAGCAGCUGCUGCCGCCGCCGCCACAUUCAACAGGCAGCAGCGCAGCGGGCGCGCAGUCGGGGAGAGCAAGCGGCCCGCGGCAUCCGUCUGUCCUUCCGUCCGCGGCCCUGUCAGCUGGAGCGCGGCGCAGGCUCUGCCCCGGCCCGGCGGCUCUGGCCAGCCGUCCAGUCCGUGCGGCGGACCCUGAGGAGCCUCGAUGUGGAUGGCCCGGCGAAGUUAAGUUCUGGGCUCGCGCUUCCACUCCGCCGCGCUUUCCUCCCAGUUUCCGUCCGCUCGCCGCACCGGCUUCGUUCCCCCAAAUCUCGGACCGUCUCUUCGCGCCCCCUCCCCCUCCGGCCCCCGUGCUGCGUUCUCCCCUUCUUGGCUCUCCCGCGGCUGGGGGAGGGGCGGGGGUCACCAUGGCCGAAGCGCCUCAGGUGGUGGAGAUCGACCCGGACUUCGAGCCGCUGCCCCGGCCGCGCUCGUGCACCUGGCCGCUGCCCAGGCCGGAGUUUAGCCAGUCCAACUCGGCCACCUCCAGCCCGGCGCCGUCGGGCGGCGCGACUGCCAACCCCGACGCCGCGGCGGGCCUGCCCUCGGCCUCGGCUGCCGCUGUCAGCGCCGACUUCAUGAGCAACCUGAGCUUGCUGGAGGAGAGCGAGGACUUUCCGCAGGCACCCGGCUCUGUGGCGGCGGCGGUGGCGGCGGCGGCCGCCGCGGCCGCCACCGGGGGACUGUGCGGGGACUUCCAGGGCCCGGAGGCGGGCUGCCUGCACCCAGCGCCGCCACAGCCCCCGCCGCCGGGGCCGCUGUCGCAGCACCCGCCAGUGCCCCCCGCCGCCGCCGGGCCUCUCGCGGGGCAGCCGCGCAAGAGCAGCUCGUCCCGCCGCAACGCGUGGGGCAACCUGUCCUACGCUGACCUCAUCACCAAGGCCAUCGAGAGCUCGGCGGAGAAGCGGCUGACGCUGUCGCAGAUCUACGAGUGGAUGGUCAAGAGCGUGCCCUACUUCAAGGAUAAGGGUGACAGCAACAGCUCGGCGGGCUGGAAGAAUUCAAUUCGUCAUAAUCUGUCCCUACACAGCAAGUUCAUUCGUGUGCAGAAUGAAGGAACUGGAAAAAGUUCUUGGUGGAUGCUCAAUCCAGAGGGCGGCAAGAGCGGGAAAUCUCCCAGGAGAAGAGCCGCAUCCAUGGACAACAACAGUAAAUUUGCUAAGAGCCGAAGCCGAGCUGCCAAGAAGAAAGCAUCCCUCCAGUCUGGCCAGGAGGGUGCUGGGGACAGCCCUGGAUCACAGUUUUCCAAAUGGCCUGCAAGCCCUGGCUCUCAUAGCAACGACGACUUUGAUAACUGGAGUACAUUUCGCCCUCGAACUAGCUCAAAUGCUAGUACUAUUAGUGGGAGACUCUCACCCAUUAUGACCGAACAGGAUGAUCUUGGAGAAGGGGAUGUGCAUUCUAUGGUGUACCCGCCAUCUGCCACAAAGAUGGCCUCUACUUUACCCAGUCUGUCUGAGAUAAGCAAUCCCGAAAACAUGGAAAAUCUUUUGGAUAAUCUCAACCUUCUCUCAUCACCAACAUCAUUAACUGUUUCGACCCAGUCCUCACCUGGCACCAUGAUGCAGCAGACACCAUGCUACUCGUUUGCGCCACCAAACACCAGUUUGAAUUCACCCAGCCCAAACUACCAAAAAUAUACAUAUGGCCAAUCCAGCAUGAGCCCUUUACCCCAGAUGCCUAUGCAAACACUUCAGGACAAUAAGUCAAGUUAUGGAGGGAUGAGUCAGUAUAACUGUGCACCUGGACUCUUGAAGGAGUUGCUGACUUCCGACUCUCCUCCCCACAAUGACAUUAUGACACCAGUUGAUCCUGGGGUAGCUCAACCCAACAGCCGGGUUCUGGGCCAGAACGUCAUGAUGGGCCCUAAUUCGGUCAUGUCAACCUAUGGCAGCCAGGCAUCUCAUAACAAAAUGAUGAAUCCCAACUCCCAUACCCACCCUGGACAUGCUCAGCAGUCAUCUGCAGUUAACGGGCGUGCCCUGUCCCACACGGUAAGCACCAUGCCCCACACCUCGGGAAUGAACCGCCUGACCCAAGUGAAGACACCUGUACAAGUGCCUCUGCCCCACCCCAUGCAGAUGAGUGCCCUGGGGGGCUACUCCUCCGUGAGCAGCUGCAAUGGCUAUGGCAGAAUGGGCCUUCUCCACCAGGAGAAGCUCCCAAGUGACUUGGAUGGCAUGUUCAUUGAGCGCUUAGACUGUGACAUGGAAUCCAUCAUUCGGAAUGACCUCAUGGAUGGAGAUACAUUGGAUUUUAAUUUCGACAAUGUGUUGCCCAACCAAAGCUUCCCGCACAGUGUCAAGACGACGACACAUAGCUGGGUGUCAGGCUGAGGAUUAGUGAGCAGGUUACACUUAAAAGUACUUCAGAUUGUCUGACAGCAGGAACUGAGAGAAGCAGUCCAAAGAUGUCCUUCACCAACUCCCUUUUAGUUUUCUUGGUUUAAAAACAAAAAAAAAAAAAAACAAAAAAAAAAACACGAAAAAAAAAAAACCUUCCUUUUUUCCUUUCGUCAGACUUGGCAGCAAAGACAUUUUUCCUGUACAGGAUGUUUGCCCAAUGUGUGCAGGUUAUGUGCUGCUGUAGAUAAGGACUGUGCCAUUGGAAAUUUCAUUACAAUGAAGUGCCAAACUCACUACACCAUAUAAUUGCAGAAAAGAUUUUCAGAUCCUGGUGUGCUUUCACGUUUUGUAUAUAAGCAGUAGAUACAGAUUGUAUUUGUGUGUGUUUUUGUUUUUUGUUUUUUUUAAAUAUCCAUUUGGUCCAAGGAAAGUUUAUACUCUUUUUGUAAUACUGUGAUGGGUCUCAUGUCUUGAUAAGUUAAACUUUGGUUUGUACUACCUGUUUUCUGCGGAACUGACGGAUCACAAAGAACUGAAUCUCCAUUCUGCACCUCCAUUGAACAGCUUUGGACCUGUUCACGUUGCCACAGAAUUCACAUGAGAACCAAGUAGCCUGUUAUCAAUCUGCUAAAUUAAUGGACUUGUUAAACUUUUGGAAAAAAAAGGUUAAAUGCCAGCUUUGUACAGGUCUUUUCUAUUUUUUUUUUUUUUUGUUUAUUUUGUUAUUUGCAAAUUUGUACAAACAUUCAAAUGGUUCUAAUUUCCAGAUAAAUGAUUUUUGACGUUAUUGGUGGGACUUAAGAACAUUUUUGGAAUAGAUAUUGAACUGUAAUAAUGUUUUCUUAAAACUAGAGUCUACUUUGUUACAUAGUCGGCUUGUAAAUUUUGUGGAACCACAAGUAUUUGGGGCAGCAUUCAUAAUUUUCAUUUUGUAUUCUAACUGGAUUAGUACUAAUUUUAUACGUGCUUAACUGGUUUGUACACUUUGGGAUGCUACUUAGUGAUGUUUCUGACUAAUCUUAAAUCAUUGUAAUUAGUACUUGCAUACUCAACGUUUCAGGCCCUAUUUGGGCAGGAAAGUGAUGUAUAGUUAUGGACACUUUGCGUUUCGUAUUUAGAAUAACUUAAUAUGUUUUUAUGUAUGUAUUUUAAAGAAAUUUCAUCUGCUUCUACUGAACUAUGCGCACUGCAUAGCAACAAGUCUUCUCUAGAGACCUCUGUAGUCCUGGGAGGCCUCAUAAUGUUUGCAGAUCAGAAAAGGGAGAUCUGCAUCUGAAGCAAUGGUCCUUUGUCAAACAAGGGAUUUUGAUCCACUUCACCAUUUUUAGUUGAGCUUUAGCAAAAGUUUCCCCUCAUAAUUCUUUGCUCUUAUUUCAGUCCAGGUGGAGGUUGGUUUUGUAGUUCUGCCUUGAGGAAUUAUGUCAACACUCACACUUCUUCCCAUUCUCCCUUCUGCUGCAGAUUAGGUUACUUAGCACACACUGUGGAAGUUCAAGUGGAAGGAGGGAAUUUAAAAAUGGGACUUGUGUGGUUUGUAGAGUUUAUGUUCGUAAGUUCAGAUGGGUAGCAAAUGGAAUAGAACUUACUUAAAAAUUGGGGAGAUUUAUUUGAAAACUUCCAGCUGUAAGUUGUGCAUUGAGAUUAUGUUAAAAGCCUUGGCUUAAGAACUCGAAAAUGUCUUUAGCCUGUAGCAACCUAAACUGUAAUUCCUAUCAUUAUGGUUUUAUUACUUCCCAAUUACCUGUAACUGACAGACCAAAUUAAUUGGCUUUGUGUCCUAUUCAGUCCAUCAGUAUUUUCAAGUCAUGUGGAAAACCCAAAGUCAUCACAAUGAAGAGAACAGGUGCACAGUACUGUUCCUCUUGCGUUCUUGAGAAGGAUCUAAUUUUUCUGUAUAUAGUCCACAUCACACUUGCUUUGUCUUGUAUGUUAAUUGCGUCUUCUUUGGCUUGGUAGUUCCUAAAUGUUUAACAAGAACACAAGUGUUCCUGAUAAGAUUGCCUACAGUAAGCCAGCUCUGUUGUAAGCUUCCCACUGUGAUCUUUUUUUUGAAGAUUCAUUGAACAACCACCACUCUAACCAUCCUCAUUUUUGGGCACUCCCCAAGACAUAGCUGGUUUUAGAAACCCGAGUUCCUCUAAGCACAGCCUCCCGGGUGUGUAAUUGAACUUGGUGCCAAAGUACUUGUGUACUCACUUCUAUUACUACGUACUGUCACUUUCCUCCCAUGCCAUUACUGCACCAUAAUACAAGGAACCUCAGAGCCCCCAUUUAUUCUUUGAAGAGACAACUACACUUAAAAUCACUGUUAAAAUCUUACUACUUCAUAGAGUAGCUCUUAGGAAAAUGUUUCUUCCUCCUGAGUCUGGGUAAUUAUACCUCCCCCAAGCCGCCAUUGUGUGUUGAAAUCCUGACAUGAAUCCUGGGUAGCUCUCUGACAACAGUGAGGUCCAGGGAAAAGCAUCUGGUCUGUCUGGAAAGCAAACAUUAUGUGGCCUCUGGUAGUUUUUUUUUUCCUGUAAGAAUACUGACUUUCUGGAGUAAUGAGUAUAUAUCAGUUAUUGUACAUGAUUGCUUUGUGAAAUGUGCAAAUGAUAUCACCUAUGCAGCCUUGUUUGAUUUAUUUUCUCUGGUUUGUACUGUUAUUAAAAGCAUAUUGUAUUAUAGAGCUAUUCAGAUAUUUUAAAUAUAAAGAUGUAUUGUUUCCGUAAUAUAGACGUAUGGAAUAUAUUUAGUAAUAGAUGUAUUACUUGGAAAGUUCUGCUUUGACAAACUGACAAAGUCUAAAUUAAUGAGCAAAUGUAUUCCAGUGAGAAGUAAAUCAAUGGAACAUCCCGAGAAGAGGAUAAGGACACUUAAAAUGGAAAUCAUUCUCCAACGAUAUACAAAUUGGACUUGUUCAACUGCUGGAUAUAUGCUACCAAUAACCCCAGCCCCAACUUAAAAUUCUUACAUUCAAGCUCUUAAGAGUUCUUAAUUUAUAACUAAUUUUAAAAGAGAAGUUUCUUUGCUGGUUUUAGUUUGGGAAUAAUCAUUCAUUAAAAAAAAAAAAUGCAUUGUGGUUUAUGCGAACAGACCAGCCUGGCAUUACAGUUGGCCUCUCCUUGAGGUGGGCACAGCCUGGCAGUGUGGCCAGGGAUGGCCAUGUAAGUCCCAUCAGGAUGUAGUCAUGCCUCCUGCAUUUCGCUACCCGAGUUUAGUAACAGUGCAGAUUCCACGUUCCUGUUCUCCGAUACUCUCUGAGAAGUGCCUGAUGAUGUUGAUGUACUUACAGACACAAGAACAAUCUUUGCUAUAAUUGUAUAAAGCCAUAAAUGUACAUAAAUUAUGUUUAAAUGGC